AUAAGCUUAUAUGUGACAGACUGACUUGAUUUGUAAAUGUUCACUUAAAGCUCGAUAAAAAUUAUUAAAAAAAAAAAAAUGGCUGCAGCAGUAUAUCGACAGGGAACUGCCAGAAAUUCAGGCUGGUUUCAGAAGAGGACGUGGAGCCAGGGAUAUCAUUGCUGAUGUCAGAUGGAUCCUGGCUGAAAGCAGAGAAUACCAGAAGGAUGUCAACCUGUGUUUUAUUGACUAUGCAAAGGCAUUCGACUGUGUGGAUCAUAACAAACUAUGGAUAACACUGCGAAGAAGGGGAAUUCCAGAACACUUAAUUGUGCUCAUGAGGAACCUUUACAUAGAUCAAGAGGCAGUUGUUCAGACAGAACAAGGGGAUGCUGAUUGGUUUAAAGUCAGGAGAGGUGUGUGUCAGGGUUGUAUUCUUUCACCAUACCUAUUUAAUCUGUAUGCUGAACAAAUAAAUAAUCCAAGAAGCUGGACUAUAUGAAGAAGAACAGGGCAUCGGGAUUGGAGGAAGAGUCAUUAACAACCUGUGUUAUGCAGAUGACACAACCUUGCUUGUUGAAAGUGAAGAGGACUUGAAACACUUACUAAUGAAGAUCAAAGACCACAGCCUUCAGUAUGGAUUACACCUCAACAUAAAGAAAACAAAAAUCCUCACAACUGGACCAAUGAGCAACAACAUGAUAAACGGAGAAAAGAUUGAAGUUGUCAAGAAUUUCAUUUUACUUGGAUCCACAAUCAACAGCCAUGGAAGCAGCAGUCAAGAUAUCAAAAGACUCAUUGUAUUGGGCAAAUCUGCUGUAAAGGACCUCUUCAAAGUGUUGAAGAGCAAAGAUGUCACCCUGAAGACUAAGGUGCGCCUGACCCAAGCCAUGGUAUUUUCAGUCGCAUCAUAUGUGUGUGAAAGCUGGACAAUGAAUAAGGAAGAUCGAAGAAGAGUUGACGCCUUUGAAUUGUGGUGUUGGCGAAGAAUAUUUAAUAUACCAUGGACUGCCAAAAGACAGAACAAAUCUGUCUUGGACGAAGUGUGGCCAGAAUGCUUCUUAGAGGCAAAGAUGGCGAGACUGCGUCUUACAUACCAUGGACAUGUUGUCAGGAGGGAUCAGUCCCUGGAGAAGGACAUCAUGCUUGGUGGAGUACAGGGUCAGCAAAAAAGAGGGAGGCCCUCAGCAAGGUGGACUGACACAGUGGCUGCAACAAUGAGCUCAAGCAUAACAACGAUUGUAAGGAUGACGCAGGACUGGGCAGUGUUUCGUUCUGUUGUGCAUAGGGUCGCUGUGAGUCGGAACCGACUUGACGGCACCUAACAACAACAACAACAGGAAGAAAGGCCUGGUGAUCUAGUUCAGAAAAUUAGCCAGUGAAAACCCUGUGGAUCACUAUGGUCCUAGCCUAUCGUACAUGAGGUUCCCAUGAAUUUGGAGCUGACUUGAUGGCACCUAACAACAACAACGACAACAAAAUCACAUAUUAAAAGGUCAGUUUAUACCCCUAAGUGCGUUUGUGCACUCCAGAUGUUAACACUCUGGCACAAGUCCUAGUUUUCAUUCUCAAGGAAGAAACAAAAAGCGAAACACCUACAUUUGCAUCACUAGAAAUGCCAUUGUACAAACUUAAGAACCUAGAAAAACUACAUUUUGAAACUUUAAUCCACUCACGCCUCAGCGUACUCGCAGCUGGCGUGAAGAGCUCCCAUUUUAAACAAAAACAGUGCUAGUGUGUGCCUGUCAGCUCGGAGUUAUUUAUCACUGUUGCUUCAAAAAAGCAAUUAAAAAAAAUUGAUUUGGGCUGUUUUCAGUUUGUUUCUGGGGGGAAAACGUUAUAUGCAAUAGAAAAUUUUUUGAGAUCCUCAAAAUUUCAGAUCCUUCUGGUUAGGAGGCUUCCUUUAUCCAGGCUGUUAAGACAGGAGGUUGGUAGGGAUCUCAUUUUCCUUCUUUAGUGAGGUGUGUGCGCCCGCGUGUGCAUGUCAAUAUGGAAAGUUAGGGGAAAAACACAGUGAGAUAACUCAACCUUAAAACAAGGAAGUGUGCUCCAGAGCUGAAGUCUCGCACUUCAGCUUUUGUCCUGUCUCAGAAGGUGAACUUAGCUGGCCUUCUGUGACCUCUCUAUGACGCAUCUCCACGGGUGACGGGGGAGUCGUUUCUCUCCAGUGAGGCAUUAAUUUUACAAAAGCCCGGUGCAGUCUUGCAAGCUCAAGUGGUUUUCUUAACAAAGCAGCCCCAUUUCAUGCAUUCUGGUCUGGGCAGGGCCUCACCAGUCCUUGGCCAUCGUAUUGUGAGUCAGAAAAUGUUUAAAUGAACCGCCUGAGUCUUCUGAGGAGAGAAUUGGCAAGUUAACUUUCAGAGGUGCAGUGAGUGAGUGGGAGAAUUGAUAGGAAUGUUAGCCGCUCAGCUGUGUUUUAACAGUACACGAUAAGGAAGAAAGCUAACGCGUUGUCUCUUAGAGUCAGAAAGAAGACCUGGGCCUGCCCUGCUGUGUCUAUGGACAGUUCCACGGUGAUGAACCAGUGUGGCUGCAGGGGGAUGGAAGAAAACAAGGAAAGGGGCCAAGAAUUGGACUCAGAGAGCUACGCAAGGGUGGGGUGGGAGGCCUCUGAACCCCAACAAUUGAAGUGCUCAUGGGACCACCUGAGACCUAAACGGCAGCGGCAGAACAACUUCCCCAUGUUUCCCUCUCCUAAAGCCUGGAAUUUCCGAGGGCGGAAACGGAAGCAGAGCGCCCAGGAUGAAGAUGCCAUUAGCCUGUGUAGUCUCGACAUAAGCGAGCCUAGUAAUAAACGGGUCAAACCCCUUUCCAGGGUCACGUCACUGGCAAACCUCAUUCCACCUGUGAAGGCCACACCGUUAAAGCGCUUCAGCCAAACCCUGCAGCGCUCCAUCAGCUUCCGCAGUGAGAGCCGGCCUGACAUCCUCGCCCCCCGACCCUGGUCCCGAAAUGCUGCCCCUUCGAGCACGAAGAGAAGAGACAGCAAGCUGUGGAGUGAGACCUUCGACGUGUGUGUCAAUCAAAUGCUCACAUCCAAGGAAAUCAAACGUCAGGAGGCCAUCUUUGAGCUUUCCCAAGGAGAAGAAGACUUGAUAGAGGACUUGAAAUUAGCAAAAAAGGCCUAUCAUGACCCCAUGCUGAAACUCUCCAUCAUGACGGAACAAGAGCUGAAUCAGAUUUUUGGAACACUGGACUCUCUAAUCCCCCUACACGAAGAUCUCCUUCGUCAGCUUCGAGAUAUUCGGAAGCCUGAUGGCUCAACGGAGCAUGUCGGUCCCAUCCUCGUUGGCUGGCUGCCUUGUCUCAGCUCCUACGACAGCUACUGCAGCAAUCAGGUAGCUGCCAAAGCUCUACUGGACCACAAAAAACAAGACCACAGAGUCCAAGACUUCCUGCAGCGAUGUUUAGAAUCCCCCUUUAGCCGCAAACUAGACCUCUGGAAUUUCCUUGAUAUUCCAAGAAGCCGCCUGGUGAAAUACCCUCUGCUUCUUCGAGAAAUCUUGAGGCACACACCAAAUGAUAACCCAGAUCAGCAGCACCUGGAAGAAGCAAUAAACAUCAUUCAGGGAAUCGUGGCAGAAAUCAACACCAAGACUGGGGAAUCUGAAUGCCGCUAUUACAAAGAACGGCUGCUUUACUUGGAGGACGGCCAGAAAGACUCUCUGAUCGACAGCUCAAGAGUGCUGUGUUGUCACGGCGAACUGAAGAACAACCGAGGCGUGAAACUGCAUGUUUUCCUGUUCCAAGAAGUGGUUGUGAUCACUCGAGCCAUCACCCACAACGAGCAGCUCUGCUAUCAAUUGUACCGGCAGCCAAUCCCAGUAAAGGACCUCCUGCUGGAAGACCUGCAGGACGGAGAAGUCAGGCUUGGCGGCUCCCUGCGCGGGGCCUUCAGCAACAACGAGAGAAUUAAAAACUUUUUCAGAGUAAGUUUCAAAAAUGGAUCCCAAAGUCAGACCCACUCGCUACAAGCCAACGACACCUUCAACAAACAGCAGUGGCUUAACUGUAUUCGUCAAGCCAAAGAAACAGUUCUGUGCGCCUCAGGGCAGGCUGGAGUGCUUGACUCCGAGGGACCGUUCCUAAAUCCUGCCACCGGGAGCAGGGAGCCACAGGGAGAAACAAGACUUGAGCAGAUGGACCAAUCAGACAGUGAGUCAGACUGUAGUAUGGACACGAGUGAGGUCAGCCUCGACUGUGAGCGCAUGGAACAAACAGACUCUUCCUGUGGGAACAGCAGGCACGUUGAAAGCAACGUCUGACAGGAGCAUGUGUACUUCGUGGAAGUCGCCCUGUGUCUUACCUGUACAGUAUUUGCAUUCCACACAUGGAACGGUUGGGAGAAGCACUUUUUAAUAUUUUGUGACCGUGUUGACCCAGUCUCUGAUACCUGUACCUUUGGCCCUAGUACUGUAACUGCCAGUCUGUCUGUGUAAGCUGGAACUGUGGCAACUCCUACCCUGUGUUGUGUUUCACAAGUGUCUGGGUGGAUGGAGAGGUACUUGAACAAGUUACUUUCAGUUGUCCUGCUGGAUUUUAAAAAACAGUUAAAGAAUCUCUAAACUACUGUUUUCUGUAGAGUCCUUCCGUGCCCCCCCAGUGCUCGCCCAGCUCUUUGACAUGGUAGCUGACGGCGUGGAAGUUAGAGGCCUUGCAAGCAGGGUAUGAGGAAGUCACUCGUGUCUCAUGAUGGCAUUUGAGGGAGAACCAGGGAAGUUCAAUGCCUCAGAAUGAGAUUGGUUCAAUGGCACUCAACCAGAAAGCGUCAUUGAACAACAUCCCUGGGGAUUUCGGAGGCUUCAUUUUGCAAGGAAAGAAGUUCUGUGUUGACUUGCUGUUGAUUCCAUCCAGUGCAAGCUUGAUGCAGUAAUCUGUUAGGGCAUGAAAUAGAGUCUGACUUUAAAAGGGCGAUUACAGAAGCAGCUGCCAGCUCUGAAUCUUUGACAGAAAUGCGCAUUGCACCAAGAGGCCUCUGUAGUAGUCAGUGGCUUGCCUGGAGAACCACUUCUAGCCUAAAAUAUCAAAAUAGAAACUCACAGGGCCUAGAAAUAACCUUCCAGGAUCACAAGAAGGCCCUGUCUUCAUUCGUGUUGUUUCGUCUCUCUUGGCCCACUCACCCUUUAAAGCGUGAAUGAAAAGGUGAGGAAAAAAGACAGUGACUGUGUCAGUGACUCUGUUUACAGAAACUUGGGAGAAGAAGAACUUGGAAUGGGAAGUGCUUCAUCAUGGCCUUAUGUAGGAAGCAUUAAAGGAGAAAAAGUAAGGUCCUGUGCUCUUCUGAGAAAGGCCAGAGCCUUGGGUUUUCCUGCUGUGGUUCUGGGUCAUCAAUUUGCCUUCUCUGACUCUGUGCUGUGGUCAGAAUCAUAAUUACAUUCUCCAGAGGCCAAUUCAAUUAGCACUCUAAUUUAAUUUGAUGCAGUGGUUAAAGCACUCGGUUGCUAACUGAAAGGUGAUUCGAACCCACCAGCUGCUACUCAGCAGGAGAAAGGUAUGGCAGUCUGCUUCCAUAAAGAUUACAGCCUUGGAAACCCUAUGGGGCAGUUCUCCUCUGUCCUCCAGGAUCACUAGGAGUUGGAAUUGACUUGACAGCAAUGAGUUUGCUUUUUAUGAUUAAUUAGGAUCAGUUAGCCAAACUAGAAACUUCUUAGUCCAGCCUUGACUUGCAGUACUGGGUGGGUUGCAGAUCUGGGGGAAAUAAAAGUUAACUAAAUACACGCAGAAAAGCUCCCUGUGAGUGUAAAUAUUAACAAUGACCUGUGCAGAACUAUACCUGAACCAGCACUAGUAGUAAUGAUUCUAAAUUAUUUACAAAAAGGUUUUUCUUUUCGAUCUUCUGUGUCUUUCAAGUUUACAGGAGAAAAAAAAAGCAGUCAAUACAAUGUUGUCAUUUUAUUAUGUACAUGUCAUGUGCACUCAAGCUGUGUGACAGGAUUAUCAAUAUACAACCAAGAUAGAUUGCUGUAUUAUUUUGGGGAGGAAAAAAAAAAAUUGUGGUCAAUUUGGCCUUGUAAAACAUAUUUCUGUAUUUAUAGAUUUUAAACAUGGUGAAUUUUUUUUCUAUUACAAGUUUAUUUAAAACUGCUUCGUUUCUCAAGUUGUUAUUGAUUUAGUGGGUGAGCAACCUUGCUGCAGAUAAAAGCUGAGAAAAGUCAUUUGAUGGCAGAGAAAAGAAUGAACCAUUCUUUGAAAGAGCCAUUGGCCCCUUUGGCCAGUGUGUUGAGAGAAGAGGUCUGUCAAGUAUUGCCUGUGGGAAGAAAGUAACUGAAUGUUUUGAUGAAAUGAAUGUUUUUGUAUAACGGCCUUAAACCUUUCUGGAAGCAUUUCAAAUAAAUUACAUUAAAAUGCCAUGUGUUUCUGUACAGUGUUGGCCCUAAGAACAUAAAAUUUCAGCUGCCAUCCUGGCAGGCUUCUUUCUGAAAUGUUUGAUUGUGGUCCCCAAAUACAAACUUUAAAAUAGGGUGUGGGUGAAAAUAAAUGAUUUGGUCUAUGACAACUUU